AUGUUUGGAGAUAUAAUAAAUAAAGUCUCAUCUUGGGUUGUAAGUUUUAAAAAUGAAGAAGAUACUUCUACAAUCCCAGCAGAAGAUGCUAGAAGUGUAGACUCACAUCUUUUCGAAAAUAAUGAGUGUACUGGAGUGUCAAAUUUGGAACAAACUAAAAAUACUGAAAGCACAUCCUCCACUUCCAAAGAGUCAUCCACAUCUAUACAAAACAGUCACUCAGAAUCUGACUCUUUUAUUAAGCAAAAUGAACAUCAUUCUGUGGACACCUUAGUUUUUAGUCCUGAAGUGUUUAGUAAUGCCAUUUCCUCUGCAGUGGCCAUAGUAAAAGAUACAGUGUCAAAAUUAAAAGAAUCCAUUGAAUAUAAAAACAUACUAAGUGAGUUUAAUAAGGAACAGGACCAAUUUAUUCAAAAUCAGCAAGAUGACUUAGCUUUAUCUUUGCCUCCUUGGGUGGGCUGUCCUAAUGAACACAUUUUAAAAGAAAAUUGCCUUAGUUUAUCUUCCGAUCUCAGACAUUUUUUAAGACUAGAGGUCAUUUAUCCAGAUGGCUCUAAAUAUGACCACCAACUUCCAUCUAAUUUUGAGGACCAAGUUAAAGAAUUAAUAGCCAAGUUACAAGAAAAACUGAGAGCACCAGCACACUUAAGAGAAGAAAUGGAAAAGGAAGCUACCAAAAUUAUAGAGGCAGCAAAUUUUAAAUCGUCAAAGGCGCAUAUGGCUGUAGAAGCAAGACCAAAAGUUGAUUGGAAUAAAGGAAGCGUGGCGCUCUUGCUGUUAGAAAAGAAAUACGGAAAGGACUGGAACAAAGAGACCAAAGUGAUAUUUGUCGGUGAUGAUACAACUGACGAAGAUGCCAUGAGGGCUUUGAAAGGGAAUGCAGCUUUAUUUAGAAUUGCUAACUGUACUGCUGAAACUUAUGCCGAUAAAAUUAUUUCGUCUACUGAAGAUACAUUAAAAGUAUUGAAAAUAGUUCAAAAACAUUUUAAGAAAUAA